AUGUUGGCCAUAUUUCCCUGAAGUGAAAGCAGCUGAAGCACGGAUCCUUCCGUGACAUCUGACGCCACUGUCCCGCGUGCGUCUUUCUGAUUAUGAAACCACGCCCACUUCCGUAUGACAGACACAUAUACCGUCUCAGCACUGGAGGGUUGAUGUUCUUGUUUUUCUUGGAGCCUAGACCACUGCCUCUGUGAUGGAUCCCCAAACCUGUCUCAAAACCACACUGAAGGACAAAUAUCAGAAACUAAAGGAAGCAUACUCGGAAAACUCAUUACUUCCUUCAAGACUUUGCUAUCGGAUGAUCAAGGAGGACUACCCAUUAAACAAUUUGCACGAGCAUGAAUUUAGAAGUGUUGACAAAUCGGACCUUCAUUCUUGGUGUUAUUUUGAAACCAUCCCCCUCGCAGACAUCUUAUCAUGUGACUGCCAACAUGACAGAAACAAAAGAACAGUCAUCUCUUUGGGAGUGAGUGGAGUAGGAAAAACCACAACAGUGCAGAGUUGUGCCCUCGAGUGGGCCGAGGGGAAAGGGUACCAUGACAUUCACCUCCUGUUUCCUCUCACAUUCUGGGAGUUAAAUGUGAUCAAACACAAACUGAGCCUAAUUGAACUUCUCCAAACAUUUUACCCUGAACUGAAGGAGCUCGAUGUUUCCAGCUUAAAUGAAAAGAACGUGUGGUUUGUCCUUGAUGGACUGGAUGAGUAUCAUCUCCCACUAAAAUUCAGCUGCCCAAUUGUGAGUGAUGUUUCUGAGGUGACCACAGUGGAUAUCCUUGUGACCAAUCUGAUUAGGGGGAAUUUACUUCCCAGCGCUCAUAUAUGGAUUACAACCCGAUAUGCAGCAGCAACCCAAAUCCCUGAUUGCUUUUUGCUUAAGGAGACCGAGGUUCAAGGGUUCAGUGAUGAACAGAAGGAGCAGCAUUUCAGGACAGUUAUCGGUAAUGAGAAUCUGUCCAACAAAGCCAUCGACCAUGUGAAAAUAUCAAGGAGUCUGGACUUCCUUUGUCAGAUACCUCCAAUUUGCACCAUCAUGGCAAAUGUUUUGAAGGAUCAUCUCAAAGAAGAAGAUGGGUUUAAAAUCAAUCCCUUGAAUCUAACCCAAAUUCACGAAAAUCUGGUCAAAGCAUCAAAUCCGGACAUUAUUGCCAAGCUGAAAAAGCUGGCACUGUUUCGGAUGGGUAAGGGCAACGUGAUGUUUGAGCAUGAUCUUCAAAAAAGUGAAAUAAGUAUUGAGGAAGCGUCAACUUUCUCCAAAGAGUGUCCACUUGUGUUGAAAGAAGAGAAAGGGCUGCAUAACACCACAGUGUUUCGCUUUGGUCACCUGAGCAUCCAGGAGUUCUUGGCUGCGUCUGCCAAAUUGGAUGACAUUGAAAGAAGUCCUGACCCGUCCGUCUGUUGUCAGUAUCUGGUGCACCAGGUCCUGCAGGGUGCUGAGAACCACUAUGAUGUCUUUCUUCGCUUUAUCUUUGGCCUCAUUAAGGAACGCAGCGUGUUGGAGCCUUACAAUCAGCUGAUUGUCUCCACCAAGAAGAAGAUCCUGGAGAACAUUUUGUCUUACAACGCUGUGGUUCUGUUCCACUGUCUGAGGGAGUACGACAGCCAGGCUUUACUGAGUGAGGUCAAGUUCUUUUUGAAGUUUAAAAUCUCUCCAAUCAGUGACUUUGGACCACCACAUUGGCUGUUCAUGAUCCAAAGGACCACAAAUUUUGGAGGAAUGAGAGAUAGCUUUGAGAUGGAACUGUCCACAAGAUGUGAUGAAAGACUCCUCAGGCAGCUGCCAGCUGUUUUGAAAUCCAGGAAAGCCAUGCUGCGAUUCUCUAACCUGACAGAUAAGUGUUGUCCAGCCUUAGCAGCAGUCCUGAGCACCAAAGAGUCAUACCUGAGAGAGCUGGACCUGGGAUACAACAGCAUCAGUGACGAUGGAGUGAGACAACUCAUGGAGGGGCUGAGCGAUCAAAACUGCAGACUGAAAACGCUCAGGUUGCAAGGCUGUGGAGUGACCGCUUACGCCUGUAAAUACCUAGCCUCAGCCCUGAGACAGUCCCGGAAACUGCAGGAGUUGGAUCUCAGCAAGAACGAAAUAGGAAAUGAGGGACUGCAACGUCUCGCUGAUGGUUUGAGUUCUCCUGAAUGCAAGUUAAGAACACUUCAACUAUCACAGUGCAGAAUUGAGAAAAAGGGCUGCUAUUAUCUGGCGUCAGCUCUGCAGAACAACCCCGACCACCUGAAAGUGCUGGAUCUGAGCAUCAACAUGGUGGGAGACAAGGGGGCCAAUGAGCUCUUUCAUAAAUUUGAUAUAUGGAAGCUCACAAAGCUGGAGAUGUGCCACUGUGGCCUCACUGCGUUGAGCUGUGGGGGUAUCGGGGAAGCUCUGAAGUUUGAAAGCAGCACUCUGGUAGAACUCAAUUUGAGCAACAACAGUUUGAAAGAUUCAGGGUUUGCGCUUAUCUGCGAGGGAAUGUACGCAUGGUGUAGUCUGGAAAAACUCAACGUUUCAAGCUGUGGAAUCACUUGCUUGGGUUGCAUAUAUUUGGCUAAGGUGCUGUGUUCAGUCUCACAGCUCUACAGUGGGUGGACGCAAAGAACAGACUGGCAGGCAGUCGAGCUGAAAGAGCUUGACCUCAGCAUGAACUUCCUUGGAGACCAUGGAGUCAGAGAAAUUUUAGGUGUCAUGAAGAAUCCGUACAGCCAUCUGACAACUCUCAACCUGAGUCACUGCGGCCUGACUGAUGCCUGUUGUGUAGACUUUGCAUCAGGAUUUACAUCAAAGGAGUGUAUUAUCAGCGAGGUGGACCUGUCUGGCAAUGACCUUCAAGAUAAGGGAGUGGAGAAACUCUGCAUGGGACUCAGAAGCCCUCAAUGUGGUCUGGAGAAAUUAUUACUGAGGAGCUGCGGCCUGAGCUCGAGGAGCAUUCAGUUCCUGACCACUGCCCUGAAGUCAAACCCCAAACAUCUGAAAGAGCUGCAUCUGAUGGGCAACAUCCUGGAAGACUCUGGAAUCAGAGCGCUUAUGAAACUAACAAAGAGCAAGAAAUACACUUUACAUACAAUAGAUGUCUCUGCAGAUUGAGGAGACAGACAGAAACACCACACACUCCUUGUGUUUCAGUGUACAUUGUGGCUACAAAACAAGUGCAGUUAGUCCACCUUUGUUUCGUUAAUCUGACUUUAUUUACUGCUUAACAAUCAUUUUCAGAAAGCAUGUGAAAAUAUAUGAGAAGAUCUCUUUUCACCAUCCAUUUUUUACAUAUAUUGUCAUUUAUUUUUUACUUUUUUUACUGUGAUGAUGUAUUAAUUGUAUACAGUGCCUUACUACUAGUGAUUUACUAGGUUGCAAUGCAAAGCACUUAAAAAGAUAAUCCUUUGAAAAGAGAGGGUAAUGUAUGAUGAAUGUUUGAAGUAUUGUAUCUGCUCAUAAGAUAUGUGCCUGCAUUAUGCUUGUUCUGGACUCAACUAUUGGAUCUGAUGCAGGCAUUGAAACAAGAUGUAAUCUGUGUGACCAAAAAAAUAAAACUGCUGUGCAGCCAUGCUGUGCAGUGCUGGUUCA